CUGGGAAGGCUUAUUUUUUCUCUCGGCGACAUUUACCAGUUGAUCGCAAAAAGAGUUCAUGGAAAUUAAGGUAAAGAUCAUCAUGUUAAAUCGUUUUUUCUAUUGUUAUUUUUUGUUCGCAUUCAGAAGGUCGAAUUUGAUCGGUUUGAAAGCAUAGUGAAUCGCAUCCGUUUUCAUAGUUUGUCAACGACUCAUCAGUGUUUGCGGCUUUGUAAUUUUUCACGCCUAUUCGAUGACCAUUUUCUCACGCCGGCAAAACUAACGCCUGGCAAGGAAUUUUCCAAUCUUGAAUCAUACAGUCUUAACAAAAGUUAACACUUAGAGAGAGGCUAAGCGAUUGACUUUUCUAUAGCAUAAAUCUAGUAAAAAUAAUCAUCGAUUUUAGUUUUAUCUCAGGCAGUUUUCAUCACCGAAUGCUGAAAUCAGUUUCAAACUGUGCGGAUAUUAGGACCUAUUCCUAAUAUUGUUAGGAUGAGUAAGGCACUUUGAUCACUUACUGAGCACUCGGAGAGAUUAAAAAAGUGAAAUUUUCACGCCAGAAAAAAAUUGAUUACAUUCAGGGGUGAAGAUCUAACGCGAUAACUGUGAAACUGCCACUGACUUGAUGUAAAAAAAAUCCUCGCGUUAGAAUGUUUGAUAUCUCGUGUUUGGUCUAUGGUGUUAGUCUUUCAGUGUGAUUAAGCGAAGCGAGCUUUCGCCUCACUCUUGAUCGACGUUUGAUUAAUCCGAUGCAUGAAAUGUUUCUACAUUUGAAGACAUAACUGGAAAUUGAGCUAAGGAUAUCUCGUCAACCAGAACUUUGUCUUUGAUCACUCGCAAAGUUUUACUCUAUGUGGUAUUAUCAUCACAAAAGCGGCUUGUUAAAAGCCAAGUUCAUUUUAUCCGGAUCGUUGGCAGUUGUAACACCUACGGCGUUGUAUGCAAAACUGGUUGCAUCACUUUAGUUGACCCCAUUAGCGUGGAAAGGUUUUAUAUUCAUUUUGUUGUUUCUUUUGCUCCAAUUUCUACUUGGUUAUUAUUAGCAUAGACAAGUAUGAAGCACGAUUGUCGUGCUAUUUACCUAGUUAAAAUUCCAACGUUCCAUCUUGUGAAAUUCGUUGCAGAUGCAAGAGCAAAUAACGGCUGAGUAAAAACCAGUGACAGGGAUUAUGCAAAAGUUGUCGAAUAAAAUAAUUUGAUCGCCUUAAUCUGCUCGAGGACAUAUUUUUUUCGUUUUAAUUAAACUUUGUUUUUAAAAGCGGAUCAGGAUGGCAAAUAUUGCAAAAUCAAUCAGAAGGUAGUCGACAUUAAAAAAAUAAUAACUUCUGUAUUUUUGACAUAUUACGUCAAUCUAAGCUUGGCGAGGUUUCCUGUUUACGCAAAUACGAAAUGAAGUUCGAAGUCCAUUGGCUGUGAAAGAAACAACCGUAUCUUGAAAGUGACAGCUGCAGGCUGCAAACAAAUUGCGUUCUUUUGAACGUUUCGUGCCAGGAAACAUUUAGAAUUGUACCUUGUGAAUAACGAUGAAAAUUGUCUCGAAGCUAGCUAUGAACUGCGUUGCACAUAGCAUAUAUACCACGUAACGUCAACCGAUGAGCGUGCUGAAAUUUUUUGCAUGUAAAUUAUUAGAGACAGGAACAGCAAUUUCAGUGUUUUGAUUAGUAUCCUCAAGCAUUUCUCUUCUAGUUCAGUAGAGCCAACGUAACAAAGAGGGCCAAUUAAUGAUUAACUUAGAAAAAAAGUUCAGUUCGAUUCGCGUAUUGCGUGGCAAUUCAGCUAAUAAGGAAGACAAUUUAAACUAAUUCGGCUCAUUUAUAUAUAAAAUCCAUCCUGAUAAAGUACUAGGUGCUAAAUUUAAUGAAACAAGCUUUGAAUGUUGAAAAACAUAUGUUAAUUUAUUCAUGUGUCAAUAAUAUUUGUCCUAUUUUAAGAUAAAUUAUGUCGUAACGAUGAAGCUCAGAUAUAAAUUGCAGAAAACUGAAUACAAAAACGCUGAAAGUGAAAGAGGGAAAACUAAAAAAGGGUAUGUUCUUCGAAAUUUUUUCGGGCGAAAAACGCCCUCUUUUUAUUAGUCCAUCAAAGUCUAAUGAAAACCGAAAACAAGUAGACAUAUCCAAACAGCUAAGUAAAUUUUACAGGUGCCUCAUAUAAUUUUCUGACAUGUCUUAGGGCUCAUUAGCAUAUUACUGCACAGUGCAUCCCUAUUAAGCUUAUUAAAGAUAACAUCUGCAAGGAGCUUCACUCAUGCAUUAGUGUUAUUUGUCAUCGCGAAGUCAAGGCUUCUCAGACUGAGUUGCAACAAAGUAAUCAGUUUGAGGUAACUCAUAAAAGCCUUCUUUGUGAGUUUUUAGCAUUUGAAUCUUGCGUCAUGAUUCUCCGUCAUUUUUUUCUUUUAAAUUUUUUUUGGUGAUCGGUGUUUAUGAGCGGUGGGGAAGUCUCUAUGCUAAGUUCAUCGGCACCCUAAGGAUUCUGCGUAUUUUUAACACUAACAAUAUUGCAAGGAAACACAGCUUUAGAGAAAGAUGUUUUACUGGGGGCAAAACGGCGAAGACGGGUCACGGUUUUAGAGUGUGUAAACGAGUGUAGUUAAUAUGUUUUGAAAGUUUCAAGCCUUAGUCUUCACUAACACAUUUCUUGUGAGUAUGCAUGUAUGAUCCGAAAUACUUAUGAAUUGAACAUCCAUGGCUAUCCAAACAAAACAAAUGAUUUGUAAGUCGUUUGCUGGGUCUAUGGACUCUUAGAGGUUCUUAAUCUAAUUCCAGCUAUUUCAUUAUUCCGUUAGGCUCUUUUUUAUAUUUUGUCAGUUAUCAAAUUAAAGUACCUGAUGGCAUGAUUUGCUCUUUUUUGCAAGUACAGUUUUCAGUACCAAAAUGAGUGCAGCACUAAAAGCUUUGUUAUGCAGGACAAAUUCUUCCUCUAAGCUGACGUCGCCAAAAUUUUUUGCAUCAGUCGAGUUUGACCCUUACAAUUCUUGCAGUGUUUAUACAAUUCACAACUUCCCACUCACAUCUACUCGUAAACAUUGUUUGCCUCUUAGUUGCCAUAUUGACUUUAGCCUUAGUGUUUUUAACCAUGUGUUAAUUGUAAUACUCUUUGCUUUCACUUUUACAGAUGACUUUCCUUCACCGCCUGAAGUUUGCAUUAUUUUUUAUAUGUUGCAUGCAACAUGAAUAUUCAUCAGUAAACGCGUCCAGCUCGUCCAUGUCGGCGGCGGCCAAUUCAUAUACGAUAACAAAGGCAAACUCAUCAACGACAGCUGUUGCCCCAACAUCUACAAUGUCUUCAGGUUAUCAUGCAGCGUCUACAGGUAGGGCGUACACCACAGGAGCACAAACGGCGGCGACAGUGUCCGCAGCAUCAGAAGCGCCCGCUACAGCCACAGUAAUACCAACCUCAACAACUCACAAUACAACCAUGUCAGCAAGUGCUUAUGUGAACAAUGCAAGUGCGCAUGUCCUAACAUCAUCGUCCAUGUCCACCGCGCCUAAUGGUAAGAGACAUUUUUCUUUUCUUAAAAACCACGGAAGACAGAGUAGAAAUUAGGAAGGUUAGAAUUUGGAUAUCUAGGGGCAAGUCAUGCCCAUUUCAUUUUUCUUUUUUUUUGUUUUUGUAUGAAAUUGUCAGUGUCAGUAACUUUUUCACUGUAAGUUUAAAACUUUAUAUUAUUAAAAAAUGAUCAGGCGUCUCAGCGAAUCAUUAUGUUAUAGCGCUUCAUUCAUUACCAGUCUCACGAAUAUCCGGUCCCAGUCUCACACGGGUAUCCAUGUUAACAGGUCACCAAGUGUAGCGUGCGGUGAAUUUUUAAUUUGUAUUUACAUGGCAAAAAAAUGCUAUAAAUAAAACGAAAAUAUAGAGAAAACUGUGAAAUAAUAGCAUAGACUCAGCCAUAUUAAAACUGCUCAUUAUCUAGAAUUAAAGGACACGUUUUACAUUGUAUACAUCGACUGCUUGUAACCUGAGCUAGAUGCAUUGAUGCAACCUAUUUGUAAUUAUGUUUUCACAAAGAUUAACUUUCAACGUGUUACAUUUGCGUCCAUAGUGUUAGUUAAACUAUUGUAACGUCAUACCGAAGAAUGUCUAAAAAGUAUUCCCGCAGGUUUAUUUUGAAACUUAGAGCUGUGAAAAAGCUCCUACGAUUAAUAACACAUUGUAUGUGAAUAUGAAAGCGAUCUUCGUAGUAAUGAACUCUGCUUUUGCAGUAGUGAAAAUAGGGCCUGACAAAAAAAAUUCAGGCCUGUAGGCGAUUUGAACUCUGCAAUACCGGUAAUGUGCUCUACCAACUGAGCCGACAAAUCAAUUAGGAGCUGAUCACUAUGUUGAUUUCAAAUAACCCUUGAAGUGAUGAAUAAUUAAUGUAUUGUAUAUUCACUUUUCAAUGACUUUUUCAGUGACUAUCAAUAUCAGAGACGAGUACUCGUCACCAGAUUGCAAAUCUUGUAGCAAUGGAGGAACCAUCACAGUGACCAAGUCAUGUGUCAUCAAGAUACCAUCUAAAGACGAUAAUAAAUGUGACAAGGACGAGUUCAAUAAAACCCGCUGUGGUUACGUUACUUUGGCCGAUAAAAUGUAUCGCUGUGCUGAGGUGUUAAAGAAUUACACGAACCAUGUGGAGAAAAACUUGAAAAUCGUUAAAGAUUGUAAUAAGGAAUGCCCAGCCUCUGGUUCAGGUUAGUUUUGUUUAACUCUAAAAAAGAAAAGACUUAGAGAUGCUACAGUAUAAUUCCACUAAGGGAAAAAAAAGAAACCUUACAGAACUGGAGCGCUUUCCGAUUGAGUGUUGUAAAACCAAAACUAUAUAUAUAGAGCCAAUGGGAACUCAAAACCAACCAAACCGCCUAAAGUGCGAGAAAACACGUGCGCCCAAGUCAUGAUUGCAUGGUCUUAGUUUUGUUUCUGAUUGGUUUAGAGAGAGGCGCCAGUUUUAUGGACCAAUCAUUGAGCGAAGGAAAGCAAAAAAUGCAAUCACGGAUAACUUUCGACACUCAGUUGAAAAUUGCUCUGUGAUGAUGUGUGCUGUGAUGUAAUCUUAUAAAACAAACUAAUCUAUUCAAUUAUACUUGGUAACUUAACGUAACUAUUCCGAGGAAGCGACUCCUAAACAUCACAAUUUACCAUAAACUGUUAUGGAAUCCACUAAUAACCUAACCCUCAGUCACCACUGAUACAAACUUACAUUAAACCGACUGCUAUCUCCAAAUCUCCUCUGAAACUCUUGACUGAAGGCAUACUUCCUCUGACAGCUGAUCACAAUAGCUCUGUGUAGCGUCUUCGACAACUUAUCUCCUUUAUGACUGACCCCUACAGUCACAGUAGUAACAAGGCAUUCUAAAAGGCACCAGAAACUUCAAAAUUACUAUUCUUGUAACUGUAUAUCACUAUUGGAUUGCCGGAAAGAAUUUCCAUCAGAAUGCUUCAGAAUCAGUCCUCUUGCAUACCGAAGAUUUUUAGAAAAGUCCAGGAAAUCCCUACAAAAAGUUACUCUAACUGUAAAUAUAUCAAUUUCAUAUGUGAACUGCGGAUUAAUAAACGAGUGUAAGAGUGAUCUUUGCAGCGGCAGUAGUGAAAAUAAGGCUUGAAAAAACCAUUCAGGCCUGUACGGGAUUUGAACCCAUGACCUCUGCGAUACCGUUGCAGUGUUCUACCAACCGAGCUAACAAGCGAACUGGGAACUGGUCAUUUUGUUGUUACUCUCCUCAACAGAAAUCCUUAAUUAAACAAAAAUCUUUUCUUUUUUGUCUCUAGUGUUGUCUCCACACCUCGCGUUCAUUUUUGCAACUGGCCUCGUCGUGGGAAUGUAAGUACCUGUCAUUUAUUCAAGCUUUCAUUAAAACCCAGCGUGAGUUUUUCAAUCAAUGUAAUUAUUCGUCAUGAGCAAGUCAAAAUAAUUUACUAUAGGAUCUUUCAUUAGCAUCAACUAUUUACUAGUCAAAUCGUCCCAAGAGAAAAUCUAAUUUCUUUAAGAAUUCAAGAUGGUAUUCAUCUUGACGGCCAAGCUAGAUGACGUCACACCUCACACCUCAUAAUAGAUAAAUCCUUCUCUAACUGUUACCAAAUGUAGCUCAACUAGUUGAGUAACAGAGCAAAGAAGGAGUGAGAUAUGAUUCGUUAUUUCAAAUAAGCGCUAACUUUUUUACCUUUUUUUUUCGCAGGUUAUCGCAGACUCUGUGAUCCACCGACCUUAAAAAAGCUGAAGUUACCAGAAAGAAAAAUAAACUCCAUUUCAGUUUUUCAGGAGUCAUGCCACUGAAAUUUGUUUUUCACUGUUAUUUAAUUGAAGUUCAAUAGGUACAAGCCAAGAGAUUUUAUAAGAAAUCUUUAUAGCGAAAGUUAAGUAUUUCUGUAAAUAAAAUAGACACUACUACUGACAUGGAUAGAAGUCACUUGUAGAUAAAGAUGGUGUAAUCAAAACAUUUUAUGGAAGCAAAUAUGAUCGAACUGAGUGGAGUACAAUUUUGUCUGAAAUUAUGCGCGUGAUUUCAAAAUCAAACGAGUGCGCAGUGCUAGUUUAUAAUGGUAACAGGAACGAGUGCAGUCCAAUUCAGUCUGUAAUCAUACGAGUGAUUAACAAAAUCGGACGACCGCGAAGCGGGAGUCUGAUUUGUUAAUCACCUUAUUAUUACAGACAGAUUUGGAUGACACGAAGUCUUGUUACCAAUUAAUCAAAAGUAUGACAAAAUUUGAGAAAGAAACUAGACAUCGGUUAUAAGUUUUCAUCUAGAAAAACCAACAGUUAACUCGGCGUUCUGUUGUCUCACACAAGCAUGACGUGUUAACUGUCGCUAUAACUGCCCUAUUACACUAUCCAAUUGCAAGUGUGACGCAUACACUGUCCUAUUAGAGCUCAAAUAGGGCUGGUGAUAGCCAAUCACGUUCGAGAAUUUUGUUAUAGUUUUGAUUAGGUUUGAAAUCACGUAUUUGUUGAUCCAGUAGUAGGUGGUUUGUAGAAAGUUUCAAGAGUUGUGUUUCAUUUUCCUGUAAUUUGAUUGGUUUCUUAAAACAAGCAUUUGCUUGUUGUAUUUCAGUAAAACUUCCACGUUGACUGGGAAAAAAAAUGCGAUUUGGAGCAAAAAUUGGUGUGAUUCGUGAAUAAAUUGCACCAAUGAGAGCCAAUCAGAUUACAAGGAUCAACAAUGAUUUUUUUAAAGGGUGUAAUAAAUACUUAAAAACGACGAUGUUAAGAUGUGUGGUUAACAUUGUCUUCUUGAUCAAAUGCGACCAUUGGGUGAGUGUGAUAAGCUGCUCAUGCGCAGUUCAGCUGCCUUUGACGCUAACCAUUGAACUUAUUUUGAAGUUUUGUAGAAUGGUUCAACUUUGUAAAGAAACAUGUCUGUAUAAGUCAGAGUGUGUCAAUUCAUCAUUAAAAGUGCAUAUAGAGGACGAGUUUUUGUAAUCCUAGUUUUAGAUUGUAAAACAAAGCUGUUGGUUAUAAGCUCAAAAUUUCGAUCACGUCAAAUGUUCUCUUCCAUUCAAGUAGGAACUGAAACCAUUCAACACCAGCCCUUUGAAAGAAAUUUGGGAGUGAUACUUGACCAGGAUAUAGCGAUGGAUAGACAUAUAUGUAUGAUAUGUAAAACCCCUUAAUACCAUUUUCGUAACAUAGGGAACAUUAGAAAAUUUUUAGAUCAGGG